GGGAGGGUUAGGGGUUCGGCUCGGCUCGGCGUUCUCCGAUGAAGAGGCGGAAGAGGACGAGCGCCAGGCCGCCCGAGGAGUUGUCGUGAGCCGCGGCUCAGAACGAUGAUCAAUGGCUCGUUCAAGCUGGGAGCUGCUCGCGUUCUUCACGGAUGGCAGAUGCAGUGCUUAGGCCCCGCCCACCAGGACAACGCCAACAUGAACGGCACGGCCGAGCAGGCCGACAUCCUGCCGCCCAACUGCAUGGUCAAGGACAGGUGGAAAGUGCUAAAGAAGAUCGGCGGUGGCGGUUUUGGCGAGAUCUAUGAGGCACUGGACCUGCUGACCCGGGAGAACGUGGCGCUCAAGGUGGAGUCGGCCCAGCAGCCCAAACAGGUCCUCAAGAUGGAGGUGGCUGUGCUCAAGAAGCUGCAGGGUAAAAACCACGUGUGCAAGUUCAUCGGCUGCGGCAGAAACGACAAAUUCAACUACGUGGUGAUGCAGCUUCAGGGUCGCAACCUGGCCGACCUGCGGCGUAGUCAGCCUCGAGGGACCUUCACCAUGAGCACCACGCUGCGGCUGGGGAAGCAGAUCCUGGAGUCCAUCGAGGCCAUCCACUCGGUCGGAUUCUUGCACCGAGACAUCAAGCCUUCCAACUUCGCCAUGGGUCGCCUGCCCUCCACGUACAGGAAGUGCUACAUGCUGGACUUCGGCCUAGCCCGCCAGUACACCAACACCACCGGCGAGGUCCGGCCGCCGAGGACGGUGGCGGGAUUCCGAGGGACGGUGCGCUACGCUUCGGUCAACGCCCACAAAAACAAGGAGAUGGGUCGCCACGACGACCUGUGGUCGCUUUUCUACAUGUUGGUGGAGUUCGCUGUGGGUCAGUUGCCUUGGAGAAAAAUCAAAGACAAGGAGCAAGUGGGUCAAAUCAAAGAGCGAUACGACCACCGCAUGUUGCUCAAACACAUGCCAUCCGAGUUCAACGUCUUCCUGGACCACGUCCUCGCCCUGGACUACUACACCAAGCCCGACUACCAGCUGCUGAUGUCGGUGUUCGAAAACAGCAUGAAGGAGCGAAUCAUCACAGAGAACGAGCCUUUCGACUGGGAGAAAGCGGGAAGCGAGGUCGCUUUGUCCGGCGGCGGUGGCGGGGGCGCCUCCACGCAACCGCAGCACAACACGCGGCCUACCGCCGCCAUGAUCGGGGCGGCGGUGACGCCGGCGCCCGGAGAGCCUCAGCGGGAGAACACCGACGACGUCCUCCAGGACGAACACCUGAGCGAGCAGGAGAACGCUCCGCCCCCGCCCGCGGUUCCGCACGAGCCCGGUGAUGCUUGGGAGGACACUGACUUCAACCGCAACAGACUCAGGAUCAGCUUGAACAAGGAAGAGGAGGCGGGGCACGCCGCCUGCCCGCUGUCGCCGGGUCGCGUUGGCGUUCCUGAUUCGCCCACCGGUCAGGGGCGGUCCUUGCGACAUCGCCGGGUCAACAGUCCUGAGUCGGAACGUUUGUCUGCCGCUGAGGGACGCGUCGACGCUUACGGACAAAGGUCUCGUGUGGACGUGCCGGGCUCCCCUUCGCGUCACGUGUACUCGUCGCAGCCGGCGCAGAUGUUGUCGGUGGACCCCGGUUGCCGCGGGGACCGGCAGGCCAGCGGCAGACAGGAAGUGUCGGCGGCAUCAGCAGACCAGGAAGCACACAGCAACGCCUUCAUCCGCUCCGUGCCGCUGGCUGAGGAAGAGGACUUUGACAGCAAGGAGUGGGUGAUCAUCGACAAGGAGACGGAGCUUCGAGACUUUCACCCCACGACUUCGGGCACCACCGACGACGAGCCCGAGGAGCUCCGCCCCCUCGACGAGCACGACGAGCGCAGGAAAGUCCGGACGGCGGGAGGCGCGGAGCUGGUGGUGCGCCCCAAGACGCACAUUAGUCGCGACGGCAGCCGCGGAAUGCUAACCCUGACGGAAGAGGAGGAGUCACGAAGGAGCGUCGGCGGGAGCCCCUCCCACUCUCCGUGUCACUCGCUGCCGGCGGGACGUCCUCGGCGCAGAGAGUCGGAACCUAACGGACCGCAGCGGCCGGCGGCCUCGCCAGGCGCCCCCUCACCGCCGUCGCCCGACUACCGCACAAAAAGCGACGGCGACGAGCGCGAACGCUUCCACAUCCUGCCCAAGCUGCAGGCCAAGCGCGGGGACUUCCUGACGGUGAUGCUGACGGGAAGCCUGGCGCAGCGGCGCACUUUGGCCGCCUCCGAGGAAGAGGAGAACGGUGGCGACGGCCCCCGGGACGACGACGUGACCAAGAGCCGCUCAGACAGUCCCAAGAGCUCAGAGGAAGCCGCCCCCUCCACGCUGAUGGCCGCCAGGGAGCAGGCUUCCGAGGCCGACCCGGAGGACGCCUCCAAGACCCUGGUCCUCUUCUCCCCCGGGGACGCUCGCAAGUCACCCUCCGCCUUGGAGGGUGAGCCCCCCGCGCCCGGUGGACCCCGCCUCCGUCCGGGAGAGACCUCAGAAACGGGUCGGGCGUCCCCGGCUCUCCGGGCCCCGUCGUCGCCCCCCUUUACCAAAGUGGAGCGCACCUUCGUCCACAUCGCCGAAACGUCCCACCUCAACGUCAUGUCUUCCGACGGGGAGACGGAGCGGGGCGUCCCGGCCCCGGAGCGACGCCGAGUCGGGGAAGCCACUCGGAGCCGAGCGGCCCACAAGAUCAGGAGCCGGAUUCCCGUCCCCGUCUCGGAAGGCGACUCGGAGCCCUCCUCCUCUUCCGUGCGGAGGCGCUUGACCCGACUUCGGUCCGGGACCUCGUCUUCGCUGUCCUCGGGAGACGGCGAGCGUCGAGGGGCUUGGGAAAACACCGGCACCGCCGGCUCGGAGGAGGACGCGCGUGCCUCCAAGAGGAGUCGGAUCCCCAGGCCAGUGACUCCGCUGAAAAGACCGAGUCCGGCGCUUCCUUCUCCUCUGGCCUUUUCGCCGGCAUCCCCCGCUACCAGGAACACGAAAGUUCAUCAAAGGUCCGCCCCGCCCGGCCGCGCAUCCGGCCGUCCCCGUCCGUCCGCCGCCCCCGUCCGGCCCCUCCCGGGAUGUCGCCGCAGCCUUAGCCUGGCGGUCCCCCGCAGGACCGACAGCCCGUCGCCUCGUCGGGCGGCGGCGCUGUCCGUCCGAGCGCCGACCGUUCCCGUCCUGCCCCCCAGGAAGCCGGCGGCCCUGCGACGCAGCGCCUCGCAGGAGCCCGCCGCCCCCGUCGGGUCUUCCCGUUCCAAAGCGGCGGCGAAGGCCAACGCCGGGGAGAAGGCUAGAUAAUACAAAGAAAGAUCCCACGUUUUGCCUGCCCACUUCUUGAACUUGUCUAACGUGUUGACUCGGCAUGCUUCCGUUCUCACCCGUACUGUAAAUAAUUAUCCAGCCCAUCCAUUACAUUAAUCAAUCAGUUUACCUUCAGUCUACGGCCUUUUUUUUUUUUUUACACCCACGUGUCAUACACACAACACAAAAGCAAACUAUGAAACACCAUUUGUUAUAUUUCAGGGUCACUCCCUGGUGAUAUCGGGUGACUUCCUUGUUGAUAUCAGGUCACUUCCUGCUGAUUUGGGCACUUUGGGGUCACUUCCUAUUGAUUUGGGCUGACUUCCUGUUGAUAUCAGCUCACUUCCUGUUGAUUUGGGGCACUUCGGGGUCAUUUCGUGUUGAUAACGCGUCACUUCUUGUUGAUUUGGGGACUUUUCAAGGUCACUUCCUGUUGAUUUAGGGCAUUUUGGGGUCACUUCCCGUUGAUUUGGUCUGACUUCCUGUUGAUAUCAGCUCACUUCCUGUUAAUAUAAGGUCACUUCCUGUUAAUAUCUGAUGACUUCCUUUUUAUUUGGAGGCAUUUCAGGGUCACAUCCUGUUGAUAUCGGUUGACUUCCUGUUUAUAUCAGGUCACUUCCUGUUGAUUUGGGUCACUUUGGGGUCACUUCCUUUUGAUAUCAGGUCACUUCCUUUUGAUUUGGAGGCAUUUCAUGGUCACUUCUUGUUGAUAUCAGGUCACUUCCUGUUGAUUUUGGCCUUUUGGGGUCACUUCCUGUUGAUUUGGACUGACUUUCAAUUGAUAUCAGCUCACUUCCUGUUAAUAUAAGAUCACUUCCUGUUGAUUUAGGGCAUUUUGGGGUCACUUCCUGUUGAUAUCAGCUCACUUCCUGUUGAUUUGGGUCAUUUUGCGGUCACCUCCUGUUGAUAACUGGUCACUUCCUUUUUAUUUGGAGGCAUUUCAGGGUCACUUCCUGUUGAUAUCAGGUCACUUCCUGUUUAUAUUAGGUCAGUUUUGAUUUGGAGAUAUUUCAGGGUCACUUCCUGUUGAUAUCAGGUGACUUCCUGUUGAUGUCAGGUCACUUUCUGUUGAUUUAGGCAUUUUGGGGUCACUUCCUGUUGAUUUGGGUAAUUUUGGGGUCACUUUCUUUUGAUAUCUGGUCACUUCCUGUUUAUUUGGAGGCAUUUCAGGGUGACGUCCUGUUGAUAUCUGUUGACUUCCUAAUUAUAUCAGGUCACUUCCUGUUGAUACUGAGCCAUUUCCUAUUGAUUCAGGGUGACUUCCUGUUGGUUUUGAGACAUUUCAGGGUUAGUUAAUACCUGUCGGUAUUGGGUCACUUCCUAUUCAUUCAGGGUCACUUCCUGUUGGUUUCGGGACAUUUCAGGGUCAUUACCUGUCGAUAUUGGGUCACUUCCUAUUGAUUCAGUGUCACCUCCUGUUGGUUUUGAGACAUUUAAGGGUCACUACCUGUUGAUAUUGGGUUACUUCCUAUCGAUUGAGGGUCACUUCCUUUUGCUUUUGGGACGAUUCAGGGUCACUUCCUGUUGAUUUUGGGACAUUUCAGGGUCACUUCCUGAUGAUACUGAGUCAUUUCCUGUUGAUAUAGUUUCACUUCCUGUUGAUUUGGGGCAUUUCAGGGUCACUUCCUGUCGAUAUUGGGCCACUUCUUAUUGAUUCAGGGUCACUUCCUAUUGAUUCAUGGGCAUUUCAGGGACACUUCCUGUUGGUUUUGGGACAUUUCAGGGUCACUUCCUGUUGAUACUGAGUCAUUUCCUGUUGAUAUAGGUUCCCGUCCUGUUGAUUUUGGGAGGUUUCAGGGUCACUUCCUGUUGAUACGGAGUUAUUUCCUGUAGAUAUAGGUUCAUUUACUGUUGAUUUGGGGCAUUUCAGGGUCACUUCCUGUUGACACCAAGUCAUUUCCUGUUGAUAAAGGUUCACUUCCUGUUGAUUUGGGACAUUUCAGGGUCACUUCCUGUUGAUUUCAUGGCAUCUCAGGGUCACCAGUUGAUUUUGGGACGUUUUAGGGUCACUUCCUGUUCAUACCGAGUUAUUUCCUGUAGAUACAGGUUCACUUCCUGUUGAUUUGGGGCCUUUCAGGGUCACUUCCUGUUGGUUUCGGGAUAUUUCAAGGUCACUUCAUGUUAGUUUCGUGGCAUUUCAGGGUGACCUGUUGAUUUUGGGUCAUUUCAGGGUCACUUCCUAUUGAUUCAUGGUCACUUCCUGUUGGUUUUGGGACAUUACAGGGUCACUUCCGGUUAUUAUUGGGUCACUUCCUACAGAGUUCAGGGUCACUGAUCACAGGUCACCUCCUUUCAAUGGAAUGGCGACAAGGAUCCAAUCCCUUACGGGCACAAGGAACAUUAGGUCACUGGCCCCUCCCAGUCAAAAGGGAUUGGACAUCUACCGCCGUCCGUGGCGGUCAAUGACUUAAGCAAUGUCUGACCAAGCUGCGAACAUUUAUUUUCAAGUGAGUAUGCAGUCAUUUAGUAUUACAAGAAAAAACAAGUGUCAUCAAUGCAGUAUCGGCAACGGCCGGUACCGUACAGGAACCGGGAACCCCCCAAAAAUGGUACCUGUCCAAAAGUGUGAUGCAUAAAGCAGCAGCUAGGAAAAAGGUCAAGUUUAUUCGUAAAUGUCUUUUAAGCGGCGUUGAAGGACGGAUUGGCAAAGUUCCCGUUGCCGUCCACAAUGUCGUCGGCGCCGUCAGGUUCCCCUCGCUCUACGUCGGCUUCGAACAGCCGCUGCAGCAAGGCGUCCACCGUCCGGUACCCUGACACCACACGCACACCGCCGUACAAACGGGAUGUAAGAACGGCGAGCGGACGGCGAGCACCUACUUUUGGAGGCGAUUUUGAAGAGCAGUUGAGGUCGGCCGCUCUCCGACGCGUCGCCGGGCUGCUCACUUGUUUCCAUGGCGUUCAGUAGGUUGUCCUCCGCCAUUUCCCUGUCACCCGCAAAGACAAAAUUCUGAGAAUAAAGUCAGAAUUAUAAAGUACGGAAGCGUAUUGCUGCAUGGGCUAACAGUGGGCUGUAAUGGUAAGUUUUUGGUCAAAAAUCGUAACAGCACAGGUUUUUCUGCCAUUGAAAAUGAAUGGGAAAUUUUGGCCAUUAGAAAAUGAAUGGAAGGACGUCCAUGGCUUUCAAUAGCAUCGACUUACAUUGGCUCCAACAUGAUAACUAUCACAUAAAACAAUCUAAAAAUGUGAUAAUUUUCAUGUAAAAAGUGAUCAUUUUCAUGUAAAAACAUGAAUACUAUCAUGUAAAACCGUAAUUAUAACCAUGUAAAAACCUAAAAAUAAUCAAGUAAAAACGUGAUAGUUACAUUAAAACAUAUUAUCAUGUAAAAACGUAAUGAUUAUCUAGAAAAAAAAAAAAAACUAUUAUGCAAAAAACUGAUAAUUACGUAAAAUGACAGAUGUAAAUAUGAAAACUAUCAUGUAAACAUGCAAUACUUAUCAUGUAAAACCAUAAUAAUAAGCAUGUAAAACCCUACAGUAAAAAUAAUCAUGUAAAAAUGUGAUAGUUACAUUAAAACAUGGUAUUAUCAUGUAAAAAUGUGAUUAGGAUGUAAAAGCAAUAAUCAGCAUGUAAGAUAAGGGUUUAUUGUUGUACAUGUUAGGGUUAGGUUAGGGUUAGGUUUUACUAUAGUUAUUAUCAAGUAAAAACGUGAUAAUUAUCAUGUAAACGAAUAAUUAUGUAAAAAAAAAAAGUGAUAAUUACUAAUAAUUAUUAUUGUUACUAUCACGUAAACACGUGAUAACCAUCAUGUGCAAAUAUUAUCAUGUAAAGAUGUGAAUACAUUUAUGUAAAACCGUAAUAAUUAUGUAAAAACAAUAAUAAUGUGAAAAAGUGAUAGUUACGUAAAAAUGUAAUAACUAAAUAUGUAAACUAGUGACAUAAAAAUAUGAUAUCCAGUAAAAAUGUGAUAAUUAUCAUGUAAAAACAUGGUUAUCACGUAAAAAUUGAUAUGAUAAUCUUGUAAAAACAAUAAUUAUGUCAAAAAAGUGAAAAAUGUGAUAUGUAAAACAAAACUAUCUCGUAAAAAUUAUCUUGUAAAAAUGUGAAUCCUAUUAUUUAAAACCAUAAUAAUAAUCAUGUAAAAAAAAAAACGAUUAUGCAAAAAACUGAUACUUACGUAAAAAUGAGAGAAAACUAUCCUGUAAACAUGCAAUACCUAUCAUGUAAAACCAUAAUAAUAAGCAUGUAAAACCCUACAGUAAAAAUAAUCAUGUAAAAAUGUGAUAGUUACAUUAAAACAUGGUAUUAUCAUGUAAAAAUGUGAUUAGGGUGUAAAAGCAAUAAUCAGCAUGUAAGAUUAGGGUUUAUUGUAGUUAUUAUCAAGUAAAAACGUGAUAAUUAUCAUGUAAACGAAUAAUUAUGUAAAAAAAAAAGUGAUAAUUACAUAACAAUAUCAUAUGUAAAUAUGACACCUAUCACGUAAACACGUAAUAACCAUCAUGUGCAAAUAUUACUAUCAAGUAAAAACGUGAAA